AUGAGUUCUUCCAUGGCCUUCCAAGGAGCCUCAUCCUCUUCUUCUUCCACCCGUCCAUUGACAUACGAUGUGUUCUUGAGUUUUAGAGGCGAAGAUACUCAUCAAAAUUUUACUACCCAUCUAAAUCAUGCUUUGCGUCUAAAAGGAAUCAACACUUUCAUAGAUAAUGAGCAGCUUAGAAGUGGAGAGGAAAUUUCUUCAACACUUCUCAAAGCCAUUGAACAGUCAAGGAUUUCAAUAGUUGUAUUCUCUUCAAAUUAUGCAUCAUCCGGACGGUGCUUAAACGAGCUUCUGAAGAUCAUUGAAACAAAGGGACAAAAGGUUAUACCAGUGUUUUACAAUGUGGACCCUUUAGAUGUAAGAAAUCAAAAGAACAGUUAUGAAGAAGCCUUAUCAAGACAUAAAGAAAGGUUCAAAGAUGACACGAAGACCGUAUCCGCGGGGGGCACUCCUCCAACUCGAGCGGAAAGUUACAUCAAGACUCACACAUACAAAGAAGGUGGCUAUCCGAAUGACGUGGUCAGGGAAAGAUGUGAGAAGAUGAAGGAAUUGAUGCCCACUGACCCUGCAAAUACUGAUACCGUGACGGAAGGGACGAUGACAAAUAGAAUUAGAGAACUUGAAGAGGAGCGGGCAGCACAAAAAAGUGCAAUGGAUAAGAUGGCGAGGCAGAUUGAAGCACAAAAAGCCCAGAUAAUAGAGAAAGAUGCUACGUUUGAGGCUCGUUUCAGCCAGCUCGAGGCAAUGUUCGGGUCGACGUCUGGAUCUGCGCCCCCCAGAGGUAAUGCAAAUUAG